CCCAACCGCUCCCUCUGACUUCAGCCAACCAUGGCCGAGUCUUCGGAUAACCUUCGUCUCCUGCCUGCGGGUAAGCCGCCAGAGACAUGCUCAAUUGAGAUAUCAUCCGGUGAUGAUAAAAGCGACUUCUGUCUGCAAGACCUUGGCACAAAUCGCGAUUCAUUCCGCAGCAGUCUCGCCAGCACGCUCCCGAAAGCUGUCGAUCAUGACGAUCAACCCGACGAUGUGCCAGUGCCCACGACAAAACCUAAACGUCGAUGCUCUUUGGUCUUUACCACCUUGAUUGUGCUGGCCGUGUACACUACCAUCUUUUCCGGCAUCUUCUUCGUCAUUGCCUGCGUCAAGCCCUUCUAUGGCAGACUUAUCGGCUCCAACGCCAGCCUGAAUGCCUCCACGGCCUCCCUGCUCAGUGCCCUGAUCGCCAAAACCAUCGAGCUGUCUUAUGUCACGGUCUGUGUCGCGUUCCUGGGGCAGCUGCUGAGCCGCCGUGCCCUAGCACAUGGAUCCGAGGGUGUCAGCAUCGCAGACAUGACCCUGCGCACCUGGAUCACCCAGCCUGGCUCGCUGCUGAUGCAAUGGGAGACACUGCGCUAUGUCGGCUGGACCACCCUCGGAGCCCUGACCCUCAUCGUAGCCCUCGUCGCGAUGCUCUACACCACCGCCGCCGAAGCCCUAGUAUCCCCCAACCUAGUCAUGGGCCCCGUCCAACAUCGACUCCUCCAAGGCAACGUCUCCACUCAAUACUCCAACCCCUACUACCUUGAAGAUGAAUGUCAAACCCCCAUCACCUCCGCCAUCGACCCCACCAACUGGAACUCCACCUGUCUGGCCAUGGAGAUGGCCGGCCGCGCAUACCACGACUUCUACCAAUACCUACAAGGCUGGGCUGAGCUCCUCGAAGACGGAAACUCCACAUCCUCCGUUCUCGCCUAUCGCCCGCAACCCAACGCCCUCCUCUACGACAACACCACCGUCAAAGGCCGCUGGAUCGAAACCGACAACAUGACCCAAGUCUCCCAGCAAUACGGCCGCAUGGUCAACAACAUCACAGCGGCCUAUCCCCACGGCGGCCUCUUCGCCGCCGCCCGUGACCCCGCCAACCGCAUCCAACAACCCUCGGACCUCUCCGGCGAAGGCAAAUACAUCCUCUCCGCCUCGGUGCCCUCCCCAGCCGUCAACAUCCUCUGCGCCGGCAUCACUCACGACGAACUCACUCCCCUCAUCUACACCGAAUGGCCCACCCAUGAUCCCUUCAACGCCUCCACCUGGUACACCUCCGCCCCAACCUACUCCACCACCAACACCACCGCCAUCGACUCCCUCUUCGGCUUCUCCUCCUCCCUCCCCGCCCCCGUCUUCCCCAUCUACCCCCAACCCUACAACACCAUCAUCAACCCCAAAGUCCCCAACACCACCUCCAUUUACGUCCUCGGCACCGCCCCGACCUCCCACAACCCCCCCUACGUCCUCUGCGGCAUCCGGGGCAAACUCUCCGGCCGCUGUUCCGCCCGUUACGCCGUCGACUCCUCGGGCGGCGAACUCACCUCCCACUGCGAAGACCCGGCCGACACCCUCCAAUACAGCCGUCUCCACCCAGACACCUCCGAAUCCGAAUACAACAUGAACUGGAAAAGCGUCGCCUGGGAAUGGGCCGAUUCCGUGACCCUCGGAUCAGGCAUCAUGGGCGAUGACGCCAGCAUCGAACGUCUCCUCAUGGAAAUGAUCCCUCCAUUCGACUCCUCCACCAACACCUCCACCCUGGACCCCACCAUGCCCUCCCUCAGCGAAGCCCUCGUCGUUCUCACCGGCACUACUCUCCUCCUCGGAAGCCAAGACUCCCCUUACGUCCCGUACUGGAACUACACCACCUCAAGCCUCUCCACCCCAGCGGUACAGGUCUUCAACGCGACGCUCCAAUCUGCUGGCUAUGCCUCGGGACGAACAAGCGACUGGCAACAAGUCUUUUACGUGAUCCUCGCUGUGGUCUUCGUGACGAGUAUCGUUUGUCUGGGGUUUAUUCUGCUCCAGGUGCGAGGACACCUGGUGACGGAUUUCACGGAGCCGCCGAAUCUCUUUGCUCUGGCGGUAAAUAGCCCCGGGGGUGGACAGUGGACGGGUACUCCGACGGGGAGAGAGGCGGUGCCGAAGCUGCGCGAGAGGUGGCAUGUGGGUGUGAGGGAGGAGAGUGGACAUUAUUUUAUUAGGACGAGGGCGAGGAUGGAAAGGGAUGUACCUUAGACUCGAGUAUAGACUACUUAGUGAGGUAAGGGUUGCAUUGUUUGGCGAAUUGUGCUUUACUGGCAUUGAGUAACGUAGUAGUUAAGAUAAUUAUUGGCGUCUUGGGUGGUGGCGGCGUGGAUCUGAAUAUUUUGCACUUUUGGGGAAAUUAGCAAGGGGAGUUGUUUAUGUAGUAUUUAAUCGAAGCACCAAAGAAUAGAAUGAAACAGAGAG